UACGAAUGUGCUGUAUGUGAAUGAUUGUAUGUGUAAUGUGAUGAAAUUGUAGCAUGAUGCAAUGUUAGCUCAGCAUGGUGCAACUCUACUUGUUGGGACAAGAGAGACAGAGGGGGCCCAGGGCCGCCGGGCCGCCGGGCAGGAAGUGCUGAGUCGAGCAGUUGGGGAGCAAGGGUGGCUGAGGAGUUGUAGGGGAGAAGACGCGUGUCUGGGCUUGAGAGAGUGUUGAGCUGCUCCGCUCGCGAGCGGUGUGCUUCCGGUGUGCGUGUCUGCCGUGCCCCUGUACUGUGCCUGAUUAACUAGCUGUUCUGUGCCCUUGAAAGUUGCUGUACUCUCUACUGUGUGAGGAACCUGUCAUUAAACUAGAACUUAGUGUUGAACGUGUAUCCUUUGUGCCCUGCCCCGUUCCUGCUCCCCUCGGUGUUCGGUGUGGGCCGCUGUGAGUGACUGGUGCCCGUGUGGUUGUUCUGGUGGGGAUCACGCCGCCUGCCUGCCCGUGGAUGGUGUGUGGUAGGGGGUGGCGUAACAUUUGGUGUCAAAGGAGUGGGAUAAGUGAACAGUGAAGCGCGCCGAGUGUCAUGGCGUCCCCCAGUGAUCGCCGUGAGGGUGAGGAGACGGGCAAGGCCGAGGCUGACGUGGGUGAGGUGAAGCCGGGCCAGAUGGACUUGUUCGCUGCCAUGUUGGCCAGUCUGAGGCAGGAAUUGGAUCAGAGAACAGAGAGGGCAGAACAGAGGGCAGACGAGAGGGCACGCGAGCAGGCUCAGAGGGCAGAAGAGAGGGCACGCGAGCAGGCUCAGAGGGCAGAAGAGAGGGCACGCGAGCAGGCUCAGAGGGCAGAAGAGAGGGCAGACGAGAGGGCACGCCAUCUUGCCGAGGUCCUCCAGAGCUGUUUCUCGUCGCUGAAGGUGGAAACCCAGCAGUACACUGACCAGGGCUGCGACAGCGCGAGGAGUGAACGGCUGGAGGAGGUGCGGACCCAGGAAGGCGAGGUCCGAGGCCUGAGGGAGGCGGAGACGCAGCUGCGAGAGGUGGCAACGUGGUGCGGGGAGGAACAAGAAGGGUCACGUGUGCUGGCGGCGGGUGCACGGGUGGCGGACUGGCGGGGCUCCGCGUGGGGCCCCUGGCAAGGGCCCCUGAAGCCUGGUGGCGUCGUGGCGGAGCCGGUGGAGGCUGCAGGAGGCUGGGGAGCCGUCGAAGCCGCUCCUUUGGGUCCAGCUGGUGCUGGAGUCGGAGCCACUAACCCUGCCUUGUUGCCUCUCUCACCGCCUCCCUCUCCGCCAUGCCGGCCGGCUUGCAGCCCACGUGGUCCGCCCGCUCCCCGCUGCAGCCCCUCAUCCUCCCGGAGCUCAGGGAGGCUUAAGCCAGCGGAGCACGACGGGAAGUUGGUAUGGGAGGCCCAGUUCAAGAUGCCAGCUGCUGCCCAGGGCUGGGGCGAGGAUGAGAAGGCGCUGCAGCUGACAACAGCGCUACGGGGCUCAGUGGACGGGCCCGGCCGCUUGGUGGGGAGCGCCGAGAGGACCUUGGGGCGGCCUGACAUGCUGGCCGCUACGCGACUCAAGGACGCGCCACAGAGGCUGUGUGGCGUCACGGGGCACUGCGUGCAGUCUGAGGGCCCAGUGGAGGCUCGUAUCGGCGUAGGCAGCGCUGUGGAGCGCCGGCCGAUGGACGUCGCCGAUCGAGACGAGCCGUGCGUGCUGGGCCUCGACUACCUGCCGCAGGACGAGGCCUGUGCCGACCUUGGACGGGAGCUGGAGAGGCUGCGCGGACAGGCGCCUUUGCUCCCGAAGGUCGGCUGUGCAGAGGUAGUCGCGGCGGAGCGACUGCACCUUGCCCCGGGGACGGAGGCUAGGGUCCUGUGUUGCCGGUCGGACGCGAUGCCAGCGGAAGGCACGGUGGAGUCCACGGAGGGCCUGCAGCUGCCUGGUGGUGUGGCAGCCGGACGGAGUCUCGAAGGAGCGGGGGAGGAGUCAGUCACGGUGCUGGUGGCUAACUCCUCCGACGAGGCUCGGAAAGUACCCGCUGGUGCCAAGCUGGGCACCUGUGAAGAGGUGGAGCAACAAGAGGAGGCGUCGGGGAGUGCGGAGUCGGCCGCUGUGAGGCCGCUGCCCGACUUCCUGGAGGAUUCGGCGCACCGGAGCGCCGCUAACCUGACGGAGGCGCAGACGAAGGUGCGCCACACCCUGGCUCGGUGCGCGGACGUGUUCAGCGGGGGUGGAUUGGACCUGCCGGGCUGCACGGGGUUGGUGAAGCACAACAUCAGCACGGGAAAUGGUGCCCCCACCAGGAGCCCACCCCGACGUGUCGUGCCAGCCAGGUGGAAGGAACUACAGCGCGCCGUCAACGAGCUGGCGGCGCAGGGGGUGAUGGAGUGGACAGACAGUCCGUGGCCCUCAGCAGUCGUCCUGGAUAUGAAGAAGGACGGCACGCAGCGCUUCUGUGCGGACUGCCGGGCGCUGAGGGACGAGACUGGCGAGGACUCUCACCCCCUGCCGUGGACCGACGACGCGCUGACGAGGGCCUUGGAGUUCGGGGCAUUGACGACGAUCAGCGGCCUAGCGGCGGCCGCCCCGCCCUGCCAUGACUUCCGGGGCCGGAUGGCGAAGGUGAAGAUGAAGUCAGCGUCGAUGAAGGCGAGCCCGGAGGGCCUCCGUGGCUCGUGCGGGGGCUGUGGCAAGAGGGGGCAUAGGUGCAGUCUGUGCCUGGGGGAGCGAAGGACGCGUUCCCUUGACCGGCCGAGCCCCGAUGCCCAGCAGCCGCGCCGUAAGGACUGUGGCCAGUCAGGCCACCGCUUGAGUGCCUGUCCCAGGCCCAGGGACGCGGCGCGGGUGGGAAGCGCGGACGGGCUGGAGAAGGGAGCCGACUUCCAGCCGUCUCCCGCCCUCGGGCCCCGCCUUGAGUAAGCUGCCGCCGCCCGACCAACGUGUUGCCAGUGGGAGGCUUAGCGGUUGUAGCCACGACGCGUGACAGUGGACACCGGGGGCUGAGGAGUGCUCGGCGCGGCCUGACCCGGGGUAGUGUGUGCUGCUGGAGGGGCCAGUGGAGGCUCGUGUCGGCGUAGGCAGCGCUGUGGAGCGCCGGCCAAUGGACGUCGCCGAUCGAGACGAGCCGUGCUUGCUGGGCCUCGACUACCUGACGCAGGCCAGUAAGGCUCGUGGUGGCCUCGGACGGGAGCUGGAGAGGGUGACCGGAAUGGUGCCCUUUGCUUCCAGGAGGUUUUCGAGCAUGGCUGCGUGGGGAGGUAGUCACGGCCGGGCGAGGGCACCUUGCCCCGAGGGUGGAGGCCAGGAGCCGGUGUCGACUGUCCCGAGCGUCACGUGGAGUGGAUGGCGUGGAAGAGCCCACUGAGGACUGGCGGCUGGUCGACGGCGUGGCUGACAGGCGGAGCCCCUUGGGGGCGCGAGAAGAGACUGUGGAGGACAGACUGAUUUAUGUGUAUUGCAUGUAUUUUUCUGUGUUCAGUGUUCGGCCGGGAGCUCAGGCUACCGGUGGAUUUGGCCACGGGGCUGCCUCCCGACGUGAGCUUGCCUACCGUCACCUCUGGCUUCGCAGCGGCACUGCAGGAAAGCCUGGCUGAGGUGCACCGACGCGUACGGGGCAAGCUCAAGGUGGCAGGCCAGGCCAUGAAAUGGAGACAUACUGCCGGCGCAAGAGGGAUGUGAGCCCCAGCAGCAGCGAAGGGGACGUGUCAGAGGUCGACCACGGGGCGAACGAGAACAUGGGCGGUGCGGGCGAAGCGGCAGAUGUCAGUGACGACCCUGAGCAAGGACUUGGGGCCGAUGACGCCGCUCUGGGUGCCACCGCCUGCCUGCCGCCGCCCGCAUCCCAGCGGCGCCCUCGGCGAGAGAGGCGUCGGCCGGGAUGGUUAAGAGACUUAAGUGAUGUCCCAGGGGACUGAUUAGUUUGAUAAUUUCAUGUUUUGUUUGUUGAAUGUUGGGGCAGCCGGGUCGACUGCCUUCUGAAGGGGGAGAUAGUGUUACGAAUGUGCUGUAUGUGAAUGAUUGUAUGUGUAAUGUGAUGAAAUUGUAGCAUGAUGCAAUGUUAGCUCAGCAUGGUGCAACUCUACUUGUUGGGACAAGAGAGACAGAGGGGGCCCAGGGCCGCCGGGCCGCCGGGCAGGAAGUGCUGAGUCGAGCAGUUGGGGAGCAAGGGUGGCUGAGGAGUUGUAGGGGAGAAGACGCGUGUCUGGGCUUGAGAGAGUGUUGAGCUGCUCCGCUCGCGAGCGGUGUGCUUCCGGUGUGCGUGUCUGCCGUGCCCCUGUACUGUGCCUGAUUAACUAGCUGUUCUGUGCCCUUGAAAGUUGCUGUACUCUCUACUGUGUGAGGAACCUGUCAUUAAACUAGAACUUAGUGUUGAACGUGUAUCCUUUGUGCCCUGCCCCGUUCCUGCUCCCCUCGGUGUUCGGUGUGGGCCGCUGUGAGUGACUGGUGCCCGUGUGGUUGUUCUGGUGGGGAUCACGCCGCCUGCCUGCCCGUGGAUGGUGUGUGGUAGGGGGUGGCGUAA